AUGGAGCUCGCCUGCGGCGGCGACCUGCAGAAGAAAUUGUUCGCCGUCGUAAGUAAGUACUUUUUCAUUCAAAUGGUUUCGGCCAUUAAGUAUUGUCACGCCCGCUCACCGCCAAUUGCUCCCCGCGGCCUGAAUCCCGCCAACGUGUUGCUUACGGACUCUAGCGAUUUUGCGGGAGUAAAGACGCAGAUAACCGACUUUGCGCUACCGAAGCACAUGUCGUGUCCCUCGUCGCUAACAACCUUUUGCAAAACCGAGUUGUUCAUCGCCCCGGAAGUGAGACACCAGCUGGACGACGAGGGCGCCGAUCCCUACACGCCGGCGGUGGACGUUUGUAGCUUGGGAGUCGUCUUGCACUACAUGCUGUUUGGGCGGCAACCCGCGUGCGCCCGCGCCAAUCACACCGGCCUGUCGACCUCCACAGAGCUCAGCGGUUCGUCCAACGCGCACGGCAAGACUGUGAGCGAGCCGGCCCGCUACUUGAUCGACGGCAUGCUGACGUCCGACGUCGGGCAGCACCACAGCGUCGAAGAGAUAACCGGCUGCCAGUGGCUUUGUGACGAGGUCACUUUGGCCCAGCUGCGGAAGACGAUAUUCAAGGACACACCCAUUUUUUGA